AUGUCCAGCCUUUUCAAAACCAGCCUUGUCGCCACGGAAAAGGAAAUCAAUGACGUCCUCAAAUCCGACAUGAAAUCCGUAAUCAAGGCUGCACUACCACACCUCCACAUCUUCCGCCCACAGUCCUGGCCUUCUUUCCUAGCGACACUCGAUUCGCUACCAGAAUACCUUCUCAAUGAUAAUCCUCAACACAAGAGUAUGCACCGUCGCAUCCACUCCAUCAUCCUCGAAGACAUCGAUGCGUUCGUCUGGUCGAUACGAAAUACCAGUACUACCGUAUCUAGCUCCUCGAAUACCCUCGCGACGGCAUCCAUACAGCUUACCACCAGCGUUGCGAAACUGGGCAAGCUACUCUCCUGCGCUACAAUACUGACAUCGCAAUCUACCACGCUGUCAUCGUACCGGCCGUCGUUGCCUACAUCGUGGCCACAGGGCUCCCCAGUUACAAGAUUAGCAGUUCGGCGGGUAGAUGUGCUCAAGUUCGCUCCGGCGAUUAGUGUGGAAGAUGCUGAGAAGGAGAGAGUGCAGCGAUGGGAAGUGGUUAGUCGCGGCCGAUUUGAGUGCUGGAGGGUUGGUGUGGGCGCGAGAGACGGCGAAGGAUUUGUUUUCAGGGUAGGGAAGGGGAUUGAGAUGGAAAGAGAGGGUGGAAGGUGA